GCCCAGCCGCCGAUGGUGACUUGUAGUGGACCAGGUCUUAAAGGGCUUCGGAGAUAAGAGUCAGGAUUGCGGUGUUGACAAAUGACGGCAUUGCUCUUGAUCCACGCACAUCGUAUGCCGCCGGCACUUCUACUUGACUCUCGGCUUUGACUUGUGUAGAAACGGUUGAUGAGCAGGCCACAAGCCAUUCUCAUGAUCUGAUGUUCCUGACACGCAACUUGGUGAGCCAACACCUCUUAAGGCCCACUUGCCCUACUCGUCGCCCAGCGAAACGGCACCUUGGCGCCGCCUGUUCUCCGCGCCUCUGCCCCUGCGUCUGCCCUGAGGCACGGUAUUUUUCCGCCGGUUCCUCGAAAAUGGCGAUUGCUGCCAUCGGACAGAUCUGUUCGACGCCGGACCUAUCACACAACCUCGACCAGUGCCUCAAACUGAUCAAGGAGGCCGCCCAAGCUGGUGCAAAGGCGAUCUUCUUCCCUGAGGCAUCAGACUACAUAGCCUCCUCCCCGCAGGAGUCCCUCUCCCUGGCCAGGCCAGAGUCAGAGUCCCCCUUUGUGUUGGGGCUGCAGGCCGCGGCAAAGGAGCACGGCAUCCACAUCAGCGCCGGCGUCCACGUCCCCAGCGCCGAGCCGACAUCGACACCACCAGCGGGGGCGGACCUUGACACCACCACCACCACCACCAAGCUCCUCAACCGCACCAUCUGGGUGCUCCCCACGGGCGAGGUCGACGGCUCCCGGGGCUACGACAAGCUGCACCUCUUCGACUACGGCAGCCUGCGCGAGUCGGCGCACACGCGGGCGGGGGACCGGCUCGUGCCGCCCUUCGACACCCCCGUGGGCCGCGUGGGCAGCCUGAUCUGCUUCGACCUGCGGUUCCCGGAGGCGGCGACGGCGCUCGCGCAGCCACGGCGCGGGUCGGGCCAGGGCGGGCACGGGCACGGGCACGGGCAGAAGCAGGACUGGCUGCCCGCGCAGGUCCUCACGUACCCGUCGGCGUUCACGGUCCCGACGGGGGCGGCGCACUGGGAGACGCUGCUGAGGGCGAGGGCUAUCGAGGUAUGAGGCUGGCUGGCCGGCUGCUCAUUGAGUCUUGUCUAAAUGUGUAUGUAUACAAAGGUUUCGUUCGUGUCAACGCUAACAUGAUCACUUGUAUCACGUGAAACAGGCGCAGUGCUGGGUCAUCGCGGCCGCGCAGGUCGGGUGGCACUCGGGCGAGCCCGGGACGGGGAGGAUAAGCUACGGCGGGAGCAUGGUCGUGGACCCGUGGGGCAAGGUCCGGUGCGCCCUGCCGGCGGUGGAGGAGACGGGCGAGGGGCCGUCUGUACCGGAUGGCGCGGCGGGCGCCCUCGGCCUGGUGGACAUUGACCUGGGGCUGUGGGAGAGCGUCCGGGAGAGGAUGCCGCUGGUCAGGAGGAGGGAUGUUAUUUUCUGAGAUGUGACGAGAUCCAACCAGCUAUUCAGGCCAUCCAGCCAUCCAGCCAUCCAGUGUCGGUUGGCGUUGCCACCAACGCACGCCCUCACACUUGCGCACACACUUUUGUAGGAUCUUAUUGUGGUGCGCACCUGUUUCCAACGGCCUGUUGGACAUGAUCUUGAAACGUGCUCCUUUGGCCCAAAAAGGGGGUCGUUCCUUUUGUUCUGUCAAAAUGGAUGGCCGGAGGAUUCGGAAGGACAAUUGAGGCGCAGGCAUAGACCAGAAGGUAUAAUAGUCUGGUAGAUUGAAUAUGCGGCGUAAGGCAUGUCUGUCAGAUGUUUCCCACGUUGCGUAUGCACGGCUUGGGUUGAUUGGCCCAGACCCUUUUGUAUGCCCCUGCAUGGUACCAGUUGACUUUUUCACAGAUAUGAUUCCAGCUUAUUAGGCGUGUGGAAUAGAAUCAAGUUCGGUUUCUGCCUAAGUACUUAAGUACCUAGGUAUUGUCCCGGGGCCUCCCGGUACUAUGGUGAGGGUGAAGAGAAAGUGCAGGCACUGCCAAUGCGGUCGUCGUCAUCUUUCCAGGCUCGUUGGAUUCUACCAUUUUGGUGCAAAGGGC